AUGUGCGGGGCCUCGAGCCCAUCCGGCGACGGCGUCUCCGGCUACGACGAGCAGCUCCGUCGGAUCCAGGUGCAGCUGCGGGACAGUGAAACAAAGAGGAUGGAAUUGGAAAGAAAAAUGCUGGAAUAUAGCAAAUCUGAUGUCUGCUUAUCGAAGCAGAAACACACGAAGCUUAAAAAAUACUUAAAAGAAAUAUGUGAACGUCAGAAAAAAUCUCUACUCCGAAACCAAGAUUUAUUGAAGGAAUUUGAUUGUAUCGAAGCUCAUAUUAGAAAGUUUGCUUCAAGUUCAGAGUCUCUUCAAAAGCUAAAGGCAGAGUAUGAAAGACAAGUUAAGAGUCAUCUGGCACUUCAGAAAAAUAGUACGUUAAAAGAUGAUGGGAAAGAUAAUGUUAAACAGCUGAUGAUGGCAGAGGCAAGACAGGCAAGAGUUAACACCACGACAGCCAUGUCAAGAGGACUGUAUCACACGGCAACCAUCUUUAUGGGCCGCCAAAUGUCAGCUGUCUCAAACACUGAAGAUUUUGGUGCGCUGCAGAAAUCUUCCCGGCUCACAAAGAGCUUUUCAAUUUCUGACCCACAUGUGCAUAGACAGCCAUCACAGAGCAGCGAUGUGACAGACAGCUGUGUAGUACAAACUAAUAGUGAUCUACAGCGCUUAAAUCAGUCUGACAAAACACAUGGGAAGGCAUAUCUGCCGGCGGGCGCCAAAAUGCCAGUCACAUCUGGCGUCUCAUCUGAGAAUGGGAGAACUUGCUGCUUAACAGUCGAACACCAGGCAAAUAAUUGCGAUAGUAAUUUAGUGGAAAGCAAAACAUCUCCUGAAGUUAACUCCCUGUUGCAUGGAAGAUUAAGUCCCGAGAACAAAGCCGCUGGUUUCAAAAGUGACAGUUUCUGCAGAUCUGUGGAAGGAGCACUGACUCAUGAGCGCUCUGAACUAAAUGAACAGGGAUCUAAGAGGCCAAUCUCGCUGGCGUUUCACCCUGAGCAAGCUGUUUCUGGAAAUGAGUACUCAAGAGAGAAAUUCCCAGGUAUAGUGAUGAUGGAAUGCCUGUCAUUUGAAGGAUUCUGUUAUCUGCUGCAGUACAUAGAAGAGAUGACAGCCAGUGCAGCUUCUGAAUACAUGACGUUAUACAAGAGCAAACCUGUGAGCUCAGCAGAACUGGAGACCCUUAUAAGCAUCUGUAAUCAAACCGGCAGCAUGGAACAAGAAGACCUUGAGGUAUGUGAAGCACUUGUCCUUCAUCAGCUUCAAAGAUUAUUACAAAACACAAUGAAUAGAUGCCUUUUACCGGAGAAAGCACUUAAUGACGAAAGUGGGAUGCUGGGUGAAAAACAAGUCAGGCCUGAAUUGUCAUCUUAUUUUGCAAUGACAUGGGAACGUUUAAACGAGCAUGUCUUGUUCUUGAAAAAGCACAAUGUUUCACUCACACAAGACGUGAAAGACAUGUUGGGUACCUUACUGAUUUUGGACAGAAAUAAGCAAGACGGCCUGGUUAUGCCAUUAGUGAAAGAGAACUUUCCAGAAGAAUAUGAAGAUGAAUCAUCUCCUUGCAACGAUGUAACAUCUUGUAGUUCACAGACAAACAAAACCAAAAUAAAGCACGAAAAACAUGCACAGUUGUUUGGUAGUAAUGGUGCAAGGAAACAUGAAGUCACAAACUGGAGUGAAGAUGAGAGCAAGGAAGAAAGCCUGGUGGAAAAGAUUCCUGUUUCAGGUUUGAAUAUUGAUGGCUGUAGCUUAAAGAAACAGAAAAGCAAUGCAACCAGUUCAGAAGCUAGUUUUUCAUCUCGGGAAAAAAGAAGCCCUUUGUCAAGAAAUGAAAACCAAAAGGGAAAGGUAACCACGAUAAAAUCAAAAGCCUUUUGGGGUGAUUCUGAUGACAGCAAUUCUGAUAUUGAAGCAGCUCUGCGUCCUCAAGUGUACUGCUCACAUGAAGAUGAUUUUAGUGACUUCUACGAUUGAGGGGCUGCAACGUCUGUGCAUGCAUGUGAC